AGCUAGCAAGCUAUGGUGUCCGCCUUGGCUUGGUUUCGAUGUAACGUUAAUAGUCAGCUAGAAAGCUAAUGGUAGCCAUAUCACUUCUGUAGUUAGCUUAAAUCUAUCUGUACAGUAGUUAGUUAUUUAAUAUAUAAAGAAAGGAACCGUAGCCAGCUAUCUGGCUAAUGUUAUUAGCUAGCUUCUAUGUCAGCGUGCUUGUUGUUGUGCCUUUCUGGUCAGCAUUCCCCCUUAAGAAGUUGGCCUCUAGCGAGCUAUCUUACGUUAGCUAGCUAACGUUACUCUUUAGCUCGAUACUUUAUGGUUGCUAGUUAGUUACUCGUAGCCAUCACCAAUGCGCAUAAUGAUUGUUCAUAUAUAACGAGCUUAUCAAAAACCACUAAAUUGGCUAGCUUACAGUUAGCUAGCCAGCCAGGUAACGUUAGCUAGCUAAUGUAACUAGUUGGUUGGCUACUUAACUUACUAGUACUUGACGGUGCGCUAUUUUGUUUAUGUUGGUGAAAGCUAGGUAGCUAGCUUGGUUCAGUCUAAGCUAAGCCCUAUGUCUAAAGAAACUAGUUAGCUAGUUACCAGUUGACGUUCUAGCAUGGUUGACCACAAAUUAUGAGUCAGAUCAGUGUCCACUGCAGAGUGAUAACGGUAGGUAGCUAACGCUUUAACGUUAGUCAGCUAGCUAGAUGGCUUAAAUGUCACUGUUGUCGAUGAUUCUAACGCUUUGCGAGCUACCACGUUCGUGUUCAGUAUGAGCUAGCUAACGUUAGGUAACACUUGCCAACAUUGUCAUGUUAGCUGUCUUGAAUUUCAGGUCGUUGCUUGGUGCAGUGAGAUGACUAAACAAACAGAGACAGAUCCAUGCCAUGCUUCUGUUACAGCCAAAUCCGCCGUUAUGUGAAUUGUCCGAUGGGGUUCUCGACCAGUUUUAGCCCGGUUAAACUAUCUUUGCUGCUUUAUCGUAAUGUCGGCUUGUCUGUUUGGUCUGGUCUUUAGGGCCGAUACCUGUGUGUAACAUGUGUUGCCUAAUUGUUGUUAUUGUUGCAGAGGAGCCGCUGAACAAAGCUGCCAAAAAGCCACCUUCCUUUCGAAUGUAAGCUCAACGACAGACUUGUGCUUCUAUUUAAAGUACUGGUUUGGAGACAGACUUUUAAUGCUGUCUGGUGUGUGGAUGGGCUGAUGUGACACGAUAAUGAUCGAAGAUUGAUGCAAGCUUUCCAUGAUGACACUGACUGUGUGUGUGUGUGUAGGGGAUGAGAGGAGCACAGGUGCAGCAGCAGCGUUUACGGCUGUGGGGUCAGUGACUCUCUGUGGGCUCAGGAUGGCGCAGGGAGGCCCUCCGCUAGACUAUCACAUCCUGCAGGACCUCAAGCAGCGCUUCCCCGAGAUCCCAGAGGGAGUAGUGUCCCAGUGCCUUCUGCAGAACAACAACAACCUGGAUAUAUGCUGCCGCCUACUGGCUCAGGAGAGUAACAGAUACCUCUAUGGGGAGUUCCACAGUCCGGAGGAGGUUCGUCUGAGCCGGAACCACAUGCUGCACAUCCAGUUGGGCUACCCCCCCCCGGAGGCGGGCAAGUCCAACGGGGGUGGGCGCUCCCUGGUGCACAGCUCCAGCGACGGUCACAUCGAGCUUCCGCGGGCCGGCUUCCAGGAACCCCUCUCGGCCCCCGCCACCAUGGCACCCUCGCCGGGGUACAACCCCUUCUUCAUGAAGGAGCACGGGGGGCGCUCAGCCAGCACCCCCACCCCUCCUCCCAUGCAGGGCAUGUCCCCUACCUACUCCCCCGUUCCCCGCUACACCAUGAACCCCAUCACGGUCACCCUCUCCCAGAACCUUCCCAACGCCCCCCAGGCCCUGCAUAUCCCCGUCGGUCACUAUGGCAACAGUGGUGGCAAUGCCCUCUACCUCCGUCCCUCCCCCUCCCAGAGCCCCCAGCCCUCUCCUUGGCCUUCGCCCGGGCAGCCUGUGUAUCAGCCCUCGCCCUACGCCACUCCCACCUACCAGUCCCCCUAUAGCUCACCCCAGCACCAACCCCACCAAGUGCAACCCCAACAGCAGGUACAGCCCCAGCACCAAGUCCAACACCAGCACCAGCCCCACCCCCAGCACCAGCAGACCCAUGUCUUCCUGCCAAUCAGCCCUCCCACCCUGGCCAGCAUGCCCUACCACCAGCACCACCAACAGCAGCAGCCCAUCUACCGGCCCUACCUGCCCAAGAGCUCCCUGAAGAACCAGAUCGAGAUCACCUUGGAGGGCACACGGCCCCGCAGCAACUCCCCCGUCCACUGUCCCCCGGGCCAGACGCUCUACAUGGCCACAAGCCCCUCACCCAGCUCACCCCAGCGAGGCCUUAGUGGCGGGGGCCCCGCCGCAUUCCACCCUGGGGUCUACUUGCACCAGGGCCCCACGCGGCCCAGACCUGCCUCCUCGCCCCAGCCGGGCAGCCAGGCGGGCUACACCUUUAAGAUCAAAGUGUCCCCAGGCCAGGCCCAGCAGAGGCCCCCCUCAGGCUCCCCUCCCGUGUCCUCCCCUCCUGAGUCUCUGCUCAACAUGGUGGACCAGGGGGAGCACCAUGCGCUGGCCCCGGCACCUAUCCUGCCCAUCUCGGCUCUGCCCGGUAACAUCGCCAGCCACAUCACCAACCGCAUGCCCCGCCGGUCCAGCUCAGGCUCCGAUGACUACGCUUACACCCAGGCUCUCCUGCUGCACCAGAGGGCCCGGAUGGAGCGUCUGCUGAAGGAGCUGCUCAUGGAGAGGAAGAAAGUGGAGCAGCUGAAGGCAGAUGUCAACGACAUGGAGUACGACGCCCUCCAGAGACGCUUCAGACGAGUCAACAGCAGCAGCCUCAUCCCCCGGCCUGAAGAGAUGACCCGAUUACGCAGUCUGAACAGACAGCUUCAGAUUGAUAUCGACUGCACCCUGAAAGAGACAGAUCUGCUGCAGUCUAGAGGGAAGUUUGAUCCGAAAGCUGAGAACAACUUUUAUAAGAACAUACAGACCGGUCCGGUGGUACCGCCCAAGCCAGGAAGGAAAGAGGUGGAGCGGAACGCCAAGCCUGUAGCUGCCGGGCCCCCUCAGAGGGACGAGGACUUUGAGGGAGCCCAGUGGAGCUGUGAAGAAUGCACCUUCCUCAACCACCCUGCACUCAACCGCUGUGAACAGUGCGAGAUGCCGCGCUACACCUGAACCUUGCCCAGCCCUAUCCCGGAUAGUAGUCACCCCCCCACCCUUACUUCCUCCAUCCCUGUAAACUUCUCCUCCAAUUGGUCCCCGCCCAUGGCUUUGUGUGAUAACCCUCCCCCCUGCACUAUGACCCUUGUUUCCAUUGGAGGAAAGCAUUUUUACAGGAGAGGAUAGCGGGAGACUGUUCUCAUGGCAACCUAAAAAGGAGGGACUAGCUGUCGAGCGGACAGUGGGUGUGGCUAUAACUACUGGAGCGUUGUUUUUAAAAUACGCAGGAAGAGGAGGCGUGGUUUACAGAGUGAACAUUCCAUUGCAGAAUGAAUGACUGCCCUGUUUACACGACUGAGCCCAUUCCCAAACCCCGUGGACGAACGCAGGCGCUUCUUACAGUGGGACAUUCCUCUACAAAUGGCCAGGGCUGCACUGCACUCUGACAGUGGGACAAUGCAAUGGCAAAAAGAAAGGGUCUGGUGAACUCAUCCUAAUGUAGAUUAUACACUGUAUCAGCUCUGUACCAAGAGCUCCUCCUUUCAUCAAAUGAAGAACACUAAAGAGACUUGCAUAUGAAUAUAUUCCUGGUACUUGUAUGCAUAUUAUGCCCACACUGUAUUCUGUGUUAAAGAUGUCAAUUUUCCUGUGCAAAUGGCUCAAGUUGCUGUACUUAAUAAAGGAGCUGAUUCUGUGUGACUGUUGCUUACACCUGGACUAUUUCCUGUAGUCUCUUGUGUUUUUUUUGUAUUUCCUUUAAUUUGUGGCAUUUUAGUUUAAAGGUCCAAUAUAGCUGUUUUUAGCUUAAUAUCAAAUAAUUUCUGGGUAACAAUUGAAGUACCUUACUGUGAUUUUGUUUUUACAUUUAAAUGGUCAAAAGAAAUAGCAAUUUUGCAAGAGCUAUCUAGGACUGGUCUGAGUGAAGAGGGGAAAGCUGAACUUGUUUUUAUUGGCAGAGGUUUGGAAUUCUGUGUGUAAGAGCGGUUUGAAAACAAACAGGGCAUUACCAUUUUCACAGUAUUAUUCCAACCUUGUGUGGAAAUGUAUGUAAAACACAGAAUCUAGAUUUAGACUGCACUGGGCCUUUAAUGAGCUACUGCUUGUUUUGACUAGGUUGUCCCCUAAUGCAAAUUAAACACACAAGUCUUUUUCAUGACCA